ACUCUAAAACACUAAUAAAGCCGCUUACUUAUACCUGCUUCAUCUUCUUCAGUGCCAGAAAUUGACACAAAGGCUUCUGAUAACUACAGCUUCAUUGUAAAGCUUCCAUUCUGUCUUUCCUGGUCGCUAGCUACAGUGGAUUGAUUCUCUCUACUUCCUACCAACACAGAAAAUAUCUUUACAAUCAUGGAGAAUCAAAGGCCACAAACAGUUCCACGAGUUCUGAUCUUUCCUAUGCCGGCUCAAGGACAUGUCAACCCAAUGCUGAAGUUGGCCGAGCUUCUUGCCAUGUCAGGCAUCCACAUCACCUUCCUCAACACCGAUCACAUCCACAAUCGUCUCAUCAAGUACACCGAUAUUGAAACUCGGUAUUCCAAGUACACAGGCUUUAUUUUUAGGACCAUCUCGGAUGGCCUCGACGAGGACCACCCUCGAAAAGGUAAACUGGUUUGGGAUAUCGUCCACUCAUUGCACCAAAAAGCCAAGCCAGUUUUGAAAGAGAUGCUAGUCUCGGGCCAACUUGGGUCGGGUGAUAGUCCUUCGGUCACUUAUAUGAUAUCAGAUGGGCUCUUCGGUGAGUUUACUAUAGAUGUUGGUGAGGAGCUUGGAAUUCCCACUGUUCAUUUUCGGUGCUCCUCUGCUUGUUACUUCUGGUCAUACUUUUUCUUUCCACGCCUUCUUGAGUCCGGCGAAAUUCCAAUUACAAAUAUGGACAAGCUUAUAUCAAGUGUGCCGGGAAUGGAAAGUUUUCUACGGGCUCGAGAUUUGCCUAGUAUGUGCCGAGUGACAGACGUCACAACAGACCAAACUCUUCAUAUGGUUCAUGAAGUGACAUACCAAAGCCACCGAGCUCGAGCACUUAUACUUAACACAUUUGAGGACCUCGAAGGUCCAAUAGUCCGUCGUAUAACUGAGUUCUGCCCCAAUAUCUACACCAUUGGGCCCCUUCAUACCCACCUAAAUGUGAGGCUAGCCCAGAACUCAAAAUGGUCAUCAGACCAAUCCUCCAACAACCUUUACGAUGAGGACCGAAGCUGCCUCACUUGGCUUGAUUCUCAGCCUCCACACUCUGUUAUCUACGUCAGUUUUGGUAGCAUCACUGUCGUGUCCAAGGCCGAGCUACUCGAGUUUUGGUACGGUUUGGUGAACAGCAAGCAACGCUUUCUUUGGGUGAUGCCGCCGGACAUGGUAUUGGGAGAAGAUGGCGAAAAUUCUGUCCCUGCGGAUCUAGAGGAGGCUACAAGAGAAAGAGGGUGCAUGGUUGGUUAUGCCCCACAAGAACAAGUGCUAGCUCACUCUGCCGUGGGCGGGUUUCUGACCCACAGCGGGUGGAACUCGACCUUGGAGAGUAUAGGAGCUGGUGUACCAAUGAUAUGCUGGCCUUAUUUUGGUGACCAACAAAUCAAUAGUAGAUUCGUGAGUCAAGUGUGGAAUCUUGGGCUAGAUAUGAAGGAUGUUUGUGACAGAAAAGUUGUGGAAAAAAUGGUGAAUGAUCUGAUGGUGGAGAGGAGGAGAGAGUUUGCUGAAUCAACGGCCGAGAUGGCUAGGUUAGCCAAAAGGAGUGUAAAUGAAGGUGGGCCAUCUUAUUCUAAUUUGGAAAGGUUGAUACAGGAUAUAAUAAGUUGUUGGACUAAUUAACUUAUUUAAUAUAUUUAUAUACAAAUGGAAGAGUUUUCAA